GUGGAUUCGUGCGCGUCUCCGUCUCCGCUUUGCGCGCUCACGGCUACAGCCUGUGAAAAGCCGCUCCACUGAACAGUUCCUGUUCUCUGUUCUAAAGGACUACACGAACAUGCAUGGAUCCAAACGGCACAGACUGGCCCAAGUCUGCAGACGGGCUUGGUAGAAGUCCUGCAGGCAUGAUCCUUCUCUCUUUCACUCUGUCUGUGCUGGCUGUACUAACCACAGCAAUCAACUCCUUAGUCAUCUCUGCCAUCAUUGUCACUCGCAAACUUCACCAUCCUGCCAACUACUUAAUCUGCUCUCUGGCUGUGACGGACCUGCUGGUGGCCAUCCUUGUCAUGCCCUUCAGCAUCAUCUACAUCGUGAAGGAGAUGUGGGUCAUGGGUGAGGUGAUGUGCACCAUCUGGCUCAGUGUCGACAUUACCUGCUGCACAUGCUCCAUUCUGCACUUGGCAGCUAUUGCUGUGGAUCGUUAUCGCGCCAUCACGGAUGCUGUGGAAUACUCCAGGAAAAGGACGUCUUUUAGGGCUGCCGUCACGAUCAGUAUCGUGUGGCUCCUAUCCAUUCUCAUUUCCUUACCUCCAAUGCUCUGGGGACACCACAGAAAAGAAGAAGAGCAGGAGAACGAAUGCCUUAUAAAGCAUGAAAACAUUGCUUUCACACUUUACUCCACAUUUGGGGCGUUCUACAUUCCUCUUAUACUCAUCCUUAUCCUUUAUUAUAAAAUAUACCAAGCAGCCAAAAUUCUUUAUCACAAAAGAAGGCCCAGCCCUAUGAACAAGCUUGAGAUAAAUGGACACAAGAUCCCUAUGUGCUCUGACAGAGAACAACUAAGCCACGAUGCCCUCACCCUACCAGAGAAGUCUAUGUCAGAACCCUCUACCGAUGGAGAAAGGGGACGCUUCUCUGCAGCAAGCCCAAAUUUCCAGCCUCACAGUGAAAGGUCGAUCAAAAGACAGCGAAUUUCAGGGGCACGUGAAAGAAAGGCAGCCAUGACGCUUGGUCUCAUUCUUGGGGCAUUUGUCAUUUGUUGGUUGCCAUUUUUCAUCCAGGAAGUGAUUAGUAACAUCUGUGGCAGCUGCAUCCCGUCCAAUGAAAUAACUACUUUUCUGACCUGGCUAGGAUACCUUAACUCCCUAAUCAACCCUCUCAUUUACACGAUCUUUAAUGAGGACUUCAAAAAAGCCUUUCAUAAACUGAUCAAGUGUCAAAAUUAACUCAGCAAUAGGAAAAGUCAUUGCACACUUUGAAAGUGUGCGGGAGACAUUGGGAGAGGCAGUGCUGUCUUGGAACAGUCAACCAACCUUCAUGCAAAAUGUUCUAGAAUGAGAUGGAGGUGUCCACUGGGAUGCCCUGCAAGUGGUAGAAUGUAAUAUGCAUAAACUUUGUCCAUAGUUUGUAUCAAGACAGUGUGAAGGUUUUCUUUUACUGCUGAGAGCUUUUUCAAUGAACAUAUAUAUUGCUGUUGUUUUGCCACCACAAUGGACCAUUGGCCUGCAUAUUUGAUUUAGCACAGGUUUUAUGCCUUAUGCUCUUUCCAUAACCCUCUCACUUUAUUGUUGCUUUCGACCGGCACGGACUUGUGCAAUCUUCCAUUGGCUGGGUUGGUUCCCUGCCCAAAUAAUUGAACCAGGGCCCCAACAGUGAGAGUACAGGAUCCUCAAUUGCUAGACAAACAGAGAACAUAAUAUCCUAUACUCUGUAUGGUUUGACUAUAACUGACCAUUAGAUCCAUAUCCACACAUUUUCCGAAUGUUUCCACGAUGUUGGAGGCACAGAAUUGUAUAGAAUGUAAUGAUGAUGUAGCAUUACAGUUUCACUUCAGUUGAACUAAGAGACCCAAACAUGUUCCAGCAUGACAGUGCCCCUGUAGACAAAGUGAGGUUGAUGAAGAUGUGGUUUGCUGAGACUGAAGUAAAAGAACUUGUCCUACAUAGAGCCCAAAUCAGACUCACCACAGGUAACUUUACCCAACAGCAAUGCCUGAAACCAAUGCUCUUGUGAGUAAAUUUUGCUAGAUCCCCACAGUUAUCCUUUAAAAUCUAGUGAAAAGCCAUCUCAGAAGAUUGGAGGAUAUUAUAACAGUGAAGGGGGACAAUAUUCAGAAUGGGUUGUUUAAAAAGCACAUAUACAUGUUCUGGUCAAGUGCCCACAAAUCUUUGGCCAU